UUGUCUACUCCCUUCAAUUCAGUUGUGUUGCGACUUGCGAGGGAUUUUAGAAUUCGUUUAAGCCUUUAACUUUUAUCAAUGGCUUCUUCCCUACCCUCAGCUGGAUUGAUGAACAACCCAUCAAUAUCUUUCCCAAAAAUCCAAGCCAACUCCAAUAAAUCUCCAUCAUUUGCUAAUUUUGCUCAGAAAAGCCCCAAAUUUCUGAAGUUGGUCAAUCUGAAAAGGGUGAUUAGAGCAUCAGCAGCUUCAAAUGGGUCUCCAGGGCUUUACUCUUCCAAGCAAUUGGAGUUAACAGUGAAGAACGUUGACCUGGUUUUGGAAGAUGUACGACCUUAUCUCAUUUCUGAUGGUGGAAAUGUUGAUGUUGUGUCCGUUCAAGAUGGAGUCAUAACCCUUGAACUUCUAGGAGCAUGUGAGAGUUGUCCGAGCUCAACCACCACCAUGAAAAUGGGCAUUGAAAAAGUUCUGAAAGAGAAGUUUGGAGAUGCAGUCAAGGAUAUUCGUCAAGUCAAUGAAGUACAAGUGAAUGAAACAACCGUUGAGGCGGUGAACAAUCAUCUAGAUAUACUUAGACCUGCUAUCAGAAACUACGGUGGAGAGGUAGAAGUUUUAGCCAUCGAGGGUGCGGAUUGCACGGUUAGAUAUGGAGGACCAGAGACCAUUGGCUCAGGAAUAAAAGCAGCUAUCAAAGAGAAGUUUCCAGACAUUUCAAAUGUGAUCUUUACUAGUUAGAGUCACAUGCUAAACUGUGUUUUCAGGUCUGCAGUUUGCUAUAUAAGUGGGAAAAGUUGUUAAUAUCUCGAGUUCUUCCAUUGAAUGUAACAAGUUGGAUGAUGAGAAAUUUAAGCACCCGCCAAGAGUCAACAGCCAAUUGCCAAACAUUCCCAUAUACUUUUGUUAAAGAUGCUAACAAGU